AUGCUCAACACUGAAACCAAGCUAACCUUCCAUCAUGCAAUUUUCGAAUUAUCGGAAGGCUACUUUUUCAUUGAUCAAAUUCUUCCAUUCUUUUCUUUCAAUGAUUUGGAAAAUUUAUUUCUCACCUCCAAACAUAUUGCCGAGUUGGUGAGCAGACAACAUCACAUUGAUUAUUUAGCUGUUUUUAAUGCUGGACUUGCACAUUAUUCAUCAUCGGGGAAUCGGAAUAGAUGGAUUGAUUCAACUCCUCCGAAUGAAUUUCCAUCACUGCUGCAAUUUGCAAAUGGAAUAAAAGUGAUGAUUGAAGCAGAGGGAUCAUGGCUGAUUGAAUAUAUUAUUGGUUAUUGUCGGAAGGUGAAUAAGUUAUUCAGUAUUUCAUAUGAUAAAUAUAUUUAUAAUUGGUCACAAAUGGAUUUAUCACUGAUUAAGAAUAUUGAGGAGUUUGGACUUGUCAGGUUGGACAUGUAUAAUUUUCCAAAAUUUAUGCCAUUGUUUGAGGGAAAGAAAGUGAAACAGAUUAAAUUAUCUAUGGGAUAUAUUUAUCAAGAUAUCUUUGAACAGACUAGACCUGUUUUAGAUAAGAUCAAUUUCAAGGAAUUAUAUUAUUCCAUUUCAUGGGUUUCUUCAUUUAAUAUACUGAGUGAAGGUCUAUCUAAGGAAGAUUUAGAUUUUAGAAACAAGAUAAAGAUUUCAGUAGGUGAUGUCGGGAUAGAUCAACACCAUUAUAGUUCGCUGAAAAACAUUUCUAAAUGUUUCGAGUUUAGUUCAAUUACAAUUGAGAAUGCUACAAAAAAAGAGGAGGAUUAUAGCGACCACAAAUUUGACCUAUUUUCAAAAUCAUACACCUUGAAAGCAGCUUUUUUAACCAAAGUACAGUCACUUGCAUUGCCUAAAUUCUCAAAUACUGAGCCUUCAGCAAUAGAAAUGCAUAAUAUUGAAUUAGCUCUCAAUAGUGCAAACAUUGAUACUUUUCAUGUGCUACACACGACGAAAUAUUUAACAGAAUUGAAAUUGCAGGACUGUCACAUUGAUUUUUCAGAUAUUGAUGCAAUUGACUUGAAAUUAUUGAAUAAUAUGGUUUUGAAUAGAUGUAAAUUUGUAAAGAAUGGAAAACAAUCAAAUUUGGAAUUUAUUGAAUGUAUUAGUGCACCUAAACUCACAAAUCUAACAUGUGGUGACCUGUCGUUAAAAUCAAUUCCAAUGAUUUCAAAGAGUAUCACCACUUUAAAAUUAGGCAAGAAUGAAAUUGAAAAUAUCGAAUUGGAAAGGUUAGAUUCUAUGAAAGGAUUGACUAGUUUGGAUUUAUCAAAUAACAAGUUAAAUGAUUUAAAAAACGUUCAGUCGAUUAUUGGAAAAUUCAAGGACCUGAAAUUGAAUGGAAAUCCAAUCUUUAAACGUAUGAUGAUUAACAAAAACAAACUAGAAUUUAUUAACGAUGACUGUAAACAUGAUGUUAAAAGAUCGACAACAGUCAAACAUCAUUGUCAAAAGAUGGAAAUACCACAUUUGUUGGAACUAAUUUUACAAGCUUUUGUCAAGUUGCCAUCUAUCUAA